UUUUCUGAGCGAGACAGCGGCUGGCGGCGCCAUAUUGAAAGAAGAAAAUUAUUUCAUUAAUCGCUUGAAAUAUAAAAUUUGCCGCGAUGCUGUACCUGGAGGACUAUCUCGAAAUGAUCGAGCAGCUACCCAUGGAUCUCCGCGACAGGUUUACGGAAAUGAGAGAGAUGGACCUUCAGGUUCAAAAUGCCACUGAUCAGCUAGAGCAGAAGGUGAUUGAAUUCUUCGUCAAUGCAAAGAAAAACAAACCAGAGUGGAGAGAAGAACAGAUGGAGGUCAUUAAAAAGGAUUAUUACAAAGCUCUGGAGGAUGCUGAUGAGAAAGUCCAGCUGGCCAAUCAGAUUUAUGAUUUGGUGGACCGUCAUCUCCGUAAAUUGGACCAGGAGCUGGCCAAGUUUAAGAUGGAGCUAGAGGCUGACAAUGCCGGCAUCACUGAGAUCCUGGAGAGACGAUCGCUAGAAAUGGACAGUCCAUCUCAGCCUGUCAACAAUCACCAUGUCCACUCCCACACCACAACAGAGAAGAGGAAGUACAAUGCUCCAACUCAUCACACUACAGAACAUGUGCCAGAGAAGAAGUUCAAGUCUGAAGCUCUCCUGUCUACACUCACCUCAGAUGCCUCCAAGGAGAACACACCAGGCUGCCGUACCAAUAGUACAUCAUCCUCCACCAACAACGUCUACAGCGUCAACUCUUCUCAGCCGCUCGCCUCCUACAACCUGAGCUCUCUCCCUGCAGGGCCUGGAGCUGCUGGAGCCGGGGCCAUCACCAUGGCCGCUGCACAGGCUGUUCAGGCUACCGCACAGAUGAAGGAGGGCAGGAGGACGUCCAGUCUUAAAGCGAGCUACGAAGCGAUCAAGAACAAUGACUUCCAGCUUGGCAGAGAGUUCUCUCUGUCCCGGGACAACAGCGGAUACUCCUCCUCUGCUCUGGCCUCCACCCUCACACAGACCCUCACCCCUGCCACUGCCUCAGACUCCAGGGGCCGCAAGUCCAAAAGCAGCAUCAAGUCUUCAAAUCAUCAGUCAUCUUCAUCCUCUUCCUCCUCCUCGCUCUCAUCAUGCUCUUCAUCAUCAGCACUGGCUCAGGAGCUUUCCCAGCAGGCUUCAGCACUGCCUGAGGCUGAAGCCAACAGCCAAGUGGACUGGACCUAUGACCCCAACGAACCGCGAUACUGCAUCUGUAACCAGGUUUCUUAUGGAGAAAUGGUCGGCUGUGAUAAUACAGAUUGUCCGAUCGAGUGGUUUCAUUAUGGCUGUGUGGGGCUGACAGAGGCUCCAAAGGGGAAGUGGUACUGUCCACAGUGUACGGCCGCCAUGAAGAGGAGAGGCAGCCGCCACAAAUAGACCCCGCCCACUGUCCAUCCAUUGGUCUUUCUGUCCACCACCUCCAGCUCGUUGUCAAACACACCAAGAAGGUCAGAGGUCAACAGGCUGCUCUCAAAUAAGGUUUCAACAGUAACCAGAAAACUUUGUGCCAACAUAAACCAUCUACGGAUUAAAGCCACACGGAGAGGUCACAGAUUAUAAGCAGAAACCUGAAAGUAUGAAAAACUGUCUAAAUUCAGCUUUCUGUCUUUGAUUUUUCAACUCAGCUAUUUUCUUCUGUGACAUACAGACUUGUAGAUUUGUUUUUUCUCCUCAUGCUGUUGUCAAAAUAUCUGAACCCCAAGAGGACAGGAAGAAGUGGUUUGAUUUCUGGACAUAAACUUGCACAAAGAAUAUAAAAAUAAUUUUGUUAUUGUUAAAAAAAAAAAUUGUUGGAGUCAACAUGAGGUCAUACUGUGCAGUCAUCAGCCCAAAGCAGAUGUCCAUUGAUCAAAAUAUUGAUUGGGUUUUAAAUUAGGCGGGUUCAGCCAAUGGAAGGGCCACACCGAGCUCACGUGUGGCCAAAGGUCAACCUGCUGAGGUCAUGUUGUGUAUUAAAUAUAGGAACAGAGGAGGAGAGUACAUUUCACUGCUGAGCCCGAAAAAACCCAAAAAACAAAUCAAACAGAAGAAAAAAACAUGAAAAAUCUGACAUUAAACUGAAAAGGAAAUGAUACUGAUUACCAGAUGGAUGGCAUAUUAAUCCAAAUGGCUGAAAAAAAAACUUUGAGAGAUUUAAGACCUUUUUUUGAAGCUUAAAUUCCAAGCUAUCAAAUAAAUUCAGGAUUAGUACAUUGUUUCCAUCAUCAUUUUAAUAAAAAACUUGGAGUUGAGCAGCAAAAUCCCAGCCCUGAUUUAUUUUACAAUUUCCUGACAUGCACUUCUUAUUAUAUCCUUUUUUGGCCUUUUCUGUCUUGUUCUCUUUUUUUGUUCAGUCAUAAUUCAGAAUUUAUGCAAAAUUGAAAACCAAUUUUUUUUUUUUUUCUGUCAUCUGCUCUCUGUCAUGUGUUCGUUUGUAGCAGAUGACAUCCAGCAUCAUUACUCUGCUGUCAUCCGCUAUGUUUGAAUGUGGACCAGAGUUAAAAUCCCAUAAACUAAAAGGAAACAGAAUAAUAACAAACACUGGCUUUAUCAUGGGACCCCCACCACCUUAUGAGAGGGGCGUGGGGUAUUCAGCUGGAUGCUGUCUGCUGCUUCACCACUAGAUGGUUCAGAGAUCACACACACUGGACUUUUAAAGGGCUCUAUGCACAGCCUUCCUGAAUUUAAGGCAGCGCCUAUAUUUCCUGUCUUUCAUUAUUGGACACACUGAUUAAUCCAGGUGUGUGUGCUACUUCUUGUUGUGACUACUGUGGUCAGGCACACCUGGACUAAUCAGUGUGUUCAAUAAUGAAAACAGGAAAUAUAGGCGCUGCCUUAAGUUCAGGAAGUAGUGAGGCUGUGCAUAAAGCCGAUUGUCAGUCUUAUUAGAUGUUUGUUGUAUAAUCUUUAACAAACAAAAUUAAUUUCCAUCUUUUAAUCUCAGAUAUAAUUAUGAUUCUGACUAACCUUGGAGUCGGAAUGAUUUUCAGUCCGUGGGCUUUCUCCUCUGAACUUGACCAACCAGACCUACUGCAUUAAAACUACAGCAUGAACCAGAACCAAGUCAUUGGACUAGAACUACCGAAGCCUGUCUGACCCACCUCAUGUUUGAUUUCAGUGGAACUAGAUGAGACAAAAUGUGACUUCGCGGAUGAGUUCAUUUUAACAGUUGAGAUAAAAAAAAGGAAAAAAAAAAGAAGUUUCGACUUCCGUAUUAGUGAUUUUCAGAAUGUACAGAGCUGUGUGUGUGUGUGCGCGUGUGUAUGGAUGUGUGUGUGUCACUGCACUGAUGUAUUGUUUCCAGGGAUGUUUAAAAAAUUCAAUAAAAUGAUGAUGUUUUG